AUGUUUCAGAUUCUCCAAAGUGGAAAUCCCAAGGCAGAUGAGAUUGUGUUGUCCAAUAUGACUGCUGUAUUAGAUCGUGUAUUCUUGGAUAUAGAGGACCCAUUUGUCUUCUCCCCAUAUCACAAAGCAAUGCGAGAGCCUUUUGACUACUACAUGUUUGGUCAAAACUAUAUUCGUCCUUUAGUUGAUUUCAGAAACUCAUAUGUUGGCAAUAUUUCUGUUUUCAAAGAUAUUGAAGAGAAGCUUCAACAGGGUCACAACAUUUUUUUGAUAUCAAACCACCAAACUGAAGCAGAUCCAGCUGUCAUUGCGUUAUUGCUUGAAACAACAAACUCAUAUCUUUCUGAGAACAUGACCUACAUAGCAGGAGAUAGGGUUGUGACGGAUCCUCUUUGUAAGCCCUUCAGCAUGGGAAGGAAUCUGAUAUGUGUGUACUCGAAGAAGCACAUGAAUGAUGUUCCUGAGCUUACUGAAAUGAAAAGAAAAGCAAAUACGAGGAGUUUGAAGGAAAUGGCUUUGCUGUUGAGGGGUGGGUCGCAAAUUGUAUGGAUUGCACCUAGUGGUGGAAGGGACCGGCCAGAUCCUGUAACAGGAGAAUGGUACCCAGCACCUUUUGAUGCUUCUUCACUGGACAAUCUAAGAAGGCUUGCUGAACAUUCUGCUGCUCCAGGGCAUAUAUAUCCGUUAGCAUUGUUGUGCCACAACAUCAUGCCCCCACCGCUCCAGGUGGAAAAAGAAAUUGGAGAGAAGAGAAUGAUCUCCUUCCAUGGUACUGGAUUGUCGGUUGCACCAGAAAUCACCUUUUCUGAUAUUUCUGCUUCCUGUCAAAAUCCUGAAGAGGCUAGGGAGACAUACACGCAAGCUCUGUAUAAAAUUGUUACUGAACAGUACAAUGUGCUCAAAUCUGCUAUACAUUGCAAACAAGGGCUAAAGGCAUCUACGCCAAAUGUUUCUUUGUCACAACCAUGGAAUUAG